AGAAAAGAAAAAUUCGAGUGCUAGGGUUUUUCGAAACCGCGCCGAUAUAAAUAGGCAAGAAGAUCACAGAAUUUCAACCCCUCAAUUGCGCAGGGCAAAAUCCUCGAUUUCGAUCCUCCUCAGCAUUCAAUCAUGGCGACCCCCAAUGCCGUAGCGCCGUCGCGCGAGCUCUCUCAGAAGGAGGCCGACAUCCAGAUGAUGUUGGCGGCCGAAGUUCAUCUCGGCACCAAGAACUGCGAUUUUCAGAUGGAACGUUACGUCUUUAAGCGCAGAAAUGAUGGUAUUUACAUUAUCAACCUUGGAAAGACAUGGGAAAAGCUCCAGCUUGCAGCCAGGGUUAUUGUCGCCAUAGAGAACCCGCAGGACAUUACUGUCCAGUCUGCCAGGCCAUAUGGUCAAAGAGCAGUCCUUAAGUUUGCUCAGUACACUGGAGCACAAGCUAUUGCUGGAAGACACACUCCUGGUACGUUUACCAAUCAGCUCCAGACAUCUUUCAAUGAGCCUCGUCUCCUGAUUCUCACCGACCCAAGAACGGACCACCAGCCCAUCAAGGAAGCUGCUCUCGGAAACAUUCCCACUAUUGCCUUUUGCGACACUGAUUCUCCUAUGCGGUAUGUCGACAUCGGCAUCCCUGCGAAUAACAAGGGGAAGCACAGCAUUGGAUGCCUCUUUUGGCUGUUGGCAAGGAUGGUUUUGCAGAUGCGUGGCACAAUUCGUGCUGGGCACAAGUGGGAUGUGAUGGCGGACUUGUUCUUCUAUAGGGAGCCUGAGGAGGCAAAGCAACAGGAGGAAGAAGAAGCUGCCGUCACGGCGGACCAUGGAAUUACAGAUUUUGGAGCUGCUGGUAUCGGUGGCCUUGCCGCUGAUCAAUGGCCUUCCCAAAUAGCUGAUGUUCCCUGGCCCGCCGCAGAGGCUAUUCCUGCAGGUAGCGCCGUCAACUGGGGUGGAGAAGAAGGAGCUGCAGCUGUACCCGUGGUGUCUGACGGUUGGGAUGUUGCUCAAGCACCACCUACUGGAGUAGAUGGUGCUGUUGCCCCUGCCUCUACAGGCUGGGAUUAAGAGAAGUCUGGCAGAUUAAAAAUCUCCAUGACGUUGAAGCCAUAGUUGAGUUAGAUUAUGUUUUUCUUUUAGUUUUUUGUUUUUUUAAUCCAUGAGAAAAGUAUUGUAUUUCCAUUUUUGGAUAUGAAUUUUAUUUCUUGGUGGCGCGGUCUAAAUUUUAGACGUUGAGUUUUUGGAUGUUUUUUGACUAGAGAUUUUUGCAAUUAUUAUCCGAGUCUAUAUAAAGAGGAAGUUUUCUGAUUCUCUGAAA